UAUUAACCUACAGCUCCACCCAUCCUGCUUCUCUAGUGAACCACACCUAUUCCCACUUCUUCAAAAAAACAGCCUCAUUGAUUUUCAGCAUUUACCGGAUCUGUCAGCAUCACAGAUCCUCAGAAAGGCAAAGGGUUCCGGAAGCGUUUUGGAGAAAUACGAAUCACCCGCCUCUUUCCGACCUCCUCAAGAUGGAGGCGCCGUCAGUCUGCCUCGCGCACUCGGAGCUUAUUUCGACCGAGUCACUCCUUCCAUCCAAUCACAGCGCAGCUCAGACCUUCUGGGGUGGGCCUAUUAAACCUUUCGAGCUCGGAUUGGUGAGUUCGGCGGGACGCCCUUGAGAAGAAGCGUCACUGAAAGAAAGGCGGGAAGUUCUAAAGAAUGAUUCGAUCGUCCGUGGAUGCCGCGGUUGGAGAAACGAUGGAGGCGGAAGCGACAGCGGUGGAGCUUCUAUCUCAGAUCAAUGAUAUUUUAACAUAUGAGGAUCAAACCACAAGUGAAACGAAAUUGGGAUUACCAGCCCAGGUCUUGGCUGAGCAUGCAGUGAAUACUAGGAAGACUCAGAAGUUGAUGUACACCCAACUACAAGUUCUUAAAUUCCUUCUGGAUUUUCUUGACUCUGCCCCUCGCAUCCAGGAUGCCUCUGACUCUGCUGUUCGGAAAGAGAUGGAAGAAGCCAAAAAGCAAUGGAAGGUGCUCAAAGCAGAUUACCAGCAACAGGUGGAGGCUAUCAAGGGGACCGUGCCUCAGAUACUGGCCAAACAGGAGGAGGUACAGGGCCGGGCUCAGCUUUUGGAGGAGGCUCUGCAGCGCUACCGGGCAAAGAAAGAAGAGGUAGAGGAAAAAGCAAGGGAUGCCCAGAAGAGGCACCUGAAAGAACAGGAGCUCUUGAGAGAGAGACACCAACAACUAGAGCAACAGGUUGCUGAAUUGCAGGACAGGUUGCAGAAGCAGCAGAAGGAAUUGGAAUGCUUGCAGGGAGAGGUUGGGGAACAAGAGACCCAAGUCAAGAUCUGGCAAGAGAAAAUGCAGAGAGUCUCUGAUUUCCGAUGCCUUUUGGAGAGUUUGCAAGGGGUGAAGGUGAUCUGCGUCUCAGAGAAUGACAUGGAGGUGGAGCUGACGUCUCAGCCCCAGCCUGAGAUUUCUGCUCCUCAUGGUCUGAAGCUGCAUUUACACUGGGGGGAGGAUGGCAAUGUCACUUUGGAGAGUGGCAGCCCUUCUUUCCUUCUCCCUGGUGAACUUCCCCUGGGAACUUGCAGCACCAUCAAAGGAGUCCUCUUGGAGUUGCAGCACAGCUAUUCCCAACAAGCACAGCUUUUGGCUGAGAUCGAGUUCCUGCAGAACUGUUUUGCAAUUGAUUGGCAGCCGGAGAAAAGACUGCUCAGUUACUUGAAGCCUUCAUCAACUUGCAGCCUCUACGUGGAAUCGGGAUAUCCAGCCAGUGGGCAGAUUCGGCUUUUCUCAAUAAAGACUCAACAAGGCACAGUUGAUGUGACUUCCUACAAGCCCCCACAGGAAAAACCUUCACUACAAAAUUGGCUGAUGUACCUGAGCGCUAUGGACUUCAAUACUCCUUUCCCAACCUGAAAAGCUCCUCCUGCCUGUGUCUGUGUAAUGUGAUGAGGAUCAAGGCCAACAUCUAUAGUUUAGGCCUCUUGAUACUUUUGGAAAAAGAAGGAAAUUGAAUUUAACUGGGACAAGGUUUUUUGUGUGCAAAUAUAUGUUUAUGUUUGUUUGUUUGUAUGUUGUAUUUUGGGCCACUUCAGCCUCUACUUCCCUCCCCUUUUACUCUUGCUUGCUGUGAAUUGAGCUUCCAGUUCUCCUUUUUGAGUCCUCCUGCUUUCCUGCUACUCUUACACAGUUUUAUGGCUGGUUGAGUGUUACUCAUCCAUAGUCUAUGUCAGGGGUCUCCAACCCUAGUAACUUUAAGGCUUGUGGACUUCAACUCCCAGAGUUCCUCAGACAGCUUUGCUGGCUAAGGAACUCUGGGAGUUGAAGUUCAGAAACCUUAAAGUUACUAAGAUUGGAGACUCCUGGUCUAUGUCCAGUACUUUGCAUCUCCACAUUGUUGAACUUUUAAAACAUCUUGAUAAAUAAAAUUGGUGGUUUUAUUGGAGGUUUCUAGCUCUCAUUUAUCUGAUGAACUUAAUUGUAAGACAAGGUUUGUUUCAUUAUCUUGUAAUUCCUGUCUCUUUUCAGACAGUUACUGAUAAUAAAUAUUUUUUUUACCCAUGUUUAUGUGGAGCACAUUACAAGCUAGGGGAAUGUAAACUAACCCAAAUGAGGUUUUUAUGCAUAUCUGAUCCCUUAUGAUAUACAAAUUACUGCUGGGAUCUCCCCAGGGAGGAUCCUACUGCAGUUCACAAGAGAAAACCCAAAAAGUACAGUUUAGAUACCGAAUAAAGAUGGAAACUUGUUGUUUAAUCUGAUGUUAGAGUUUGUCAGUUUUGCAUGCAAAAAGCAUGAAAAUGUUACAUGAGAAACCAAUAAAUGAAUGGAAAGUAAUGUCAUUAGUACCAAUAAAAAAAUAAAU